UGUUGCAGCUCGCACAUGCGCAGCGGCCCCUCAGCACUCGUGUCUGUGUUCCUGUGUCAGUGCUGCCCGGUUCCGAGUCGCAUCUUCGUUUCAUCAGAUCCGAACCUCUGAUCCAGUAAAGCAUGUCGUGGCUGUUUGGCUUGAAUAAAGGGCAGGCGAGCCCGCCGCCUGAUCUGCCCCUGCCCCCGCCGCCGGUCGGGGGGGAAGGAGGGGAAGGAGGGGAUAAACCCAAGGACAAAUGGAGCAACUUCGACCCCACGGGGCUGGAGCGGGCUGCCAAGGCGGCUCGGGACCUCGACCAGUCACGCCAUGCCAAGGAAGCGCUGGAUCUGGCCCGCAUGCACGAGCAAACUCUGCAGAUUGAGCAGCAGGGCAAAAUGAAGGAGUACGAGGCGGCGCUGGAGCAGCUGAAAGGAGAGCAGAUCCGAAUCCAGGGCGAGGAGAGACGGAAAACACUGGGGGAGGAAACCAAGCAGCACCAAGCAAGGGCACAGUACCAGGACAAGCUGGCUCGGCAGCGCUAUGAAGACCAGCUCCGGCAGCAGCAACUGCUGAACGAUGAGAAUCUUCGGAAACAGGAAGAGUCCGUCCAGAAACAGGAAGCCAUGCGGAAAGCGACGAUCCAGCACGAGAUGGAGCUGCGGCACAAGAACGAGAUGCUGCGGAUCGAGGCAGAGUCAAAGGCGAAGGCGAAGGUGGAGCGCGAGAACGCUGACAUCAUCCGCGAGCAGAUCAGACUGAAGGCAGCCGAGCACAGGCAGACCGUGCUGGAGUCUAUCCGGACGGCGGGCACUGUGUUUGGAGAGGGAUUCAGAGCCUUCGUAUCUGACUGGGAUAAAGUCACGGCCACGGUCGCGGGGCUCACCCUGCUGGCAGUCGGGGUGUACUCUGCCCGCAAUGCCACGGCGGUGGCGGGGCGCUACAUCGAGGCGCGGCUCGGGAAACCCUCGCUGGUGCGCGAGACUUCCAGGAUCACCGUGGGGGAGGCCAUCAAACACCCCAUCAAGAUGGGCCGGCGCCUCGCCAGCAAGCCUCAGGACGCCCUGGAAGGAGUGGUGCUGAAUCCCAUGCUGGAGGAGCGGGUGCGAGACAUCGCCAUAGCGACGCGGAACACUCAGCUGAACCGCGGGCUGUACCGGAACAUUCUGAUGUACGGACCUCCGGGCACCGGCAAAACCCUGUUUGCAAAGAAAUUGGCAAUGCACUCUGGGAUGGACUACGCCAUCAUGACUGGUGGAGAUGUCGCCCCCAUGGGGAGAGAUGGCGUCACUGCGAUGCACAAAGUGUUCGACUGGGCCAGCAGCAGCAGAAGAGGCCUCCUCCUGUUUGUAGAUGAAGCCGAUGCAUUCCUUCGGAAGAGGGCCACAGAGAAGAUCAGUGAGGACCUGCGCGCCACUCUCAACGCAUUCCUGUACCGGACCGGCGAGCAGAGCAACAAGUUCAUGCUGGUCCUGGCCAGUAACCAGCCCGAGCAGUUUGACUGGGCGAUCAACGACCGCGUCGACGAGAUUGUGAACUUCGCUCUGCCGGGGCUCGAGGAGAGGGAGCGGCUGGUGAGGCUGUACUUCGACAAAUACGUGCUGAAGCCAGCGAGCGAGGGCAAGCAGCGGUUGAAGGUGGCUCAGUUUGAUUAUGGGUUGAAGUGCUCGCAGAUCGCUGAGCUGACGGAGGGCAUGUCGGGACGAGAGAUCUCCAAGCUGGGCGUGGCCUGGCAGGCUGCUGCCUAUGCCUCGGAGGAGGGGGUGCUGACGGAGGAGAUGAUCGACGCUCGAGUCUCUGAUUCCAUCCGGCAGCACCAGCAGAAGAUGCAGUGGCUGAAGAAUGAGAAGCCAGAGGGGGGCAUGAAGGGGUUAAACCCGCGGCAGUAAUCAGCGACUGGGGGUCUGUGUGAAGGAAUCUUUGUGACUCUAAACCCAAACCCAGAGUGCAGUCCUGCACCCUCCACUGAGCCCAGAUCACCAGCGUUUCAAAGAGGCACCAAACUGGUUUUAAUCUGCAGCUGUUUGCAGACAAUUCACCCUCGAGCUUCUGAACAAUUCAGACUGGAUUUUGGAUUCCUGCGUCCCAAAGUGAUCUUUAACAUCUGUUGAUUUUUCUUGUUAUUAUUUGUCAUGAAUUAUAAAAUGUAACUGUUUUACAACCCUGGCAAACUACCAAUAGUUAUAUGUGAAUGCUCUCUGGGUAUCUGAUGUUUUCAGGGUUUUUUCUGAACAAGCGGUGUGUGUGAGAGCGAGUCUCGUCGUCUCGCGCCACCCCCUGUGAUUGUGUCUGGUGUGGGGUGCAGAUCAUGUGCCCCUUUGUGAUGUGUCUGGUGUGGGGUGCAGAUCAUGUGCCCCCUGGCCUCGCUGCGGGGUUUUAGGGGAGGGUACGUGGGGGUAAUAGAACUCUGUCACUCAUCACUGUUUACAUGAAUGCCUUAACAAGAAAAAGAAUAAUAUGUAAAGACUGGACUCAUAGAAAAAACAAACAAACUGUGAUUCCAUUAAAGAUGAAACGCUGUCCUAA